GCCUUGCUCCUCUGGCCAUGGAGAGCGCAGCGGCCCGCGAAACCCCGGGGGCAGAGGCCACGCGCCCGCCCGCGCCCCCUCCAUCGCCCUCCGAGCCCCCCACGGCGCCCCGCGCCCGCCCGCGCUUAGUUUUCCGCACGCAGCUGGCGCACGGCAGCCCCACGGGCAAGAUCGAGGGCUUCACCAACGUCCGCGAGCUCUACGCCAAGAUCGCCGAGGCCUUUGGGAUAGCGCCCACCGAGAUCUUAUUCUGCACCCUAAACAGCCACAAAGUGGACAUGCAGAAACUCCUGGGCGGCCAGAUAGGGUUGGAGGACUUUAUCUUUGCACAUGUGCGUGGCGAGACCAAGGAGGUGGAGGUCACUAAGACGGAGGAUGCGCUGGGGCUGACCAUCACGGACAACGGGGCCGGAUAUGCCUUUAUCAAGAGGAUCAAGGAGGGCAGCAUCAUCAACAGGAUCGAAGCCGUGUGUGUGGGUGACAGCAUCGAGGCCAUCAACGACCACUCUAUCGUUGGCUGCCGCCACUACGAAGUCGCCAAGAUGCUCCGGGAGCUGCCCAAGGCCCAGCCCUUCACCCUGCGCCUGGUGCAGCCCAAGAGAGCUUUCGAUAUGAUCAGCCAGAGGAGCCGUAGCAGCAAAUGCCCUGUGGAAGCAAAAGUGACCAGCGGGCGGGAGACCCUGCGGCUUCGUUCUGGGGGGGCUGCCACAGUAGAGGAAGUGCCCAGUGAAUUUGAGGAGGAGGCGUCUCGGAGGGUGGAUGACCUUCUGGAGAGCUACAUGGGCAUUCGGGACCCAGAGCUGGGUAAGGGGCCAGGCGUCCACCAUGGUGGAGACGUCCAAGAAGACAGUGAGCGUUCAGGAGUUUGCACACCAUUUAGACUCCGUCUUGGGCGAGUUCGCCUUCCCGGACGAGUUUGUGGUGGAGGUGUGGGCCGCCAUCGGCGAGGCCAAGGAGGCCUGUGGCUAGUCUGCCCUGGGGCUGAGCGCAGCCCCAGUCCAGAGCCCAGCCCCCCUCCCCAGCCCUGCCGGCAGAUUUCGGAAGCCCAGCCCUGCUCCAGAGCCCAGGUCAUUUCUGAGACCGAGGUCACCUCUAGAACCCAUACCAGUUCUGAGGCCAAGCCUAGUUCUGAGACCAAGCCCUGCUCUAGAACUCAGCCCUCCUCUAGAACCCAGGCUAGCGCUGAAACCAAGUUCAACUCUAGAACCCAUACCAGUUCCGAGACCAGGCCCAGCUCAGAGACCAAGUCCUGUUCUAAAACACAGCCCAGCUCUGAGGCCAAGCCCAGUUCUAAAACACAGCUCAGCUCUGAGGCCAAGCCCAGCUCUGAGACCAAGUCCUGCUCAAAAACACAGCCCAGCUCUGAGGCCAAGCCGAGCUCUGAGGCCAAGCCCAGCUCUAAAACACAGCCCAGCUCUAAAACACAGCCCAGCUCUGAGGCCAAGCCCAGCUCUAGAACCAAGCUCAAUUCUGAAACUAAGCCCUGUUCUAGACCCCAGGCCAGCUCUGAAACUAAGUUCAUCUCUAGAACACCAUUCAGUUCUGUGACCCAACCCAGCUCCAGAACCCAGCCCUCAUCUAUAAUCCAGGACAAUCCUGAAGCCAAGCCUAGCUCUGGCAUUAAGUCAAGUUCUGGAACCCAGACAAGUUUUAAGACCCGGCCCAGCUCUGUGACCAAUGCCAGUUUUGGAAGCCAGUCCAGCUCUGUGACCAAGCCCUGCCAUAAAAUUCGACCUGACUCUGAACUGCAAGACAGCUCCGUGACACAGCGGUACCCAGAUACCCAGCCUGGCUCGGGAACCCCAGUCAGUUCUGAAACCCAGGUGAGACUCAAGAAGCAGCCCAGCUACAGAAGCCUCUCCAGCUCAGGAUCCAAAGACAGCUCCCAAACCCAACCCCAUUCACAAAUCCAGACCAGCUCAGGAACCCGGGUGCAUGUGGCAGCUCAGUCCAAAUCCAGACCCCAGCCCUGCUCUAAAACCCAGUUUUAUUCAAGCACCCACCCGCACUCUGGGGCCCAGGCCAGCUCCAGUGAUGAGUCCAGCCCAGACACUGAGCCCAGCUCUAGAUCCUGGCCUAGUGGUGCAACUAGGUCCAUCUCCAGAAUUCAGGCAAGCCCUGGAACCUCAUCCAUCUCUGAAGGAAGGCCUGUCUCCCCUGCUCAGCCUGACACCGGACCCCAUUCUCACUGCAGUAUGCAGACCAGCGUUAGAAUGCCGUCCAACUCUGGCACACAGACCAACUUUAAGGACUGGCUGAGUUCCAGAGCUUAUUCCAGACCAGGCACCCAACCCAGCUCUAGAACUCAGCUUAGUUCUGGAGGACCGCCUGGCUCUGGAAUCUCAUCCAGCUCCAAAACACAGUCAGUUGCUGAGACUCAGUUGGGUUCCAGAAUACAGCUCAACUCUGGAAUCCAAUCUAGUCCUGGGACCCAGACCAGUGCAGCAACAGACCUAAGCUCCAUGGCGCUGUCUAGCUCUAAGGGCAGGCCAAGCUCCAAGACCCAGCCCUGCACUCCUCAAUCAUCUCAGACUCCACUCAUCUUGGAAACCCUGCCAAGUUCUAGAUACCAGCUCCAGGCCACAACCCAAGGCAACUCUGAUAUUGAGCCAGACUCCGUGAAGCAGACCAACUCCGCAACUCAGCUCAUCUCUAGAGUCCAGUUCAGCUCUGAGACUCAACUCAACUCUGAAUCCCAGACCAGUUCAAGAAUACAGCCCAGCUCUGGAGCCCACCUUAGUUUCAGAACCCAGCCUGUUUCUGGAGCUCAACCCAGUGUCAGAACCCAGACAAGCUCUGGAACCCAGCUUGUCUCUGAGACCCAGCCCAGCUCGGGGGCCCAGACCAGUACAAGCAUUCAACCCAGCUCUGAAACCCAGUUCAGUUCCAGAAGGCAGUUUAGUACCAGGAUUCAGUUUAGCUCUGAGAUGCAACCCAGUUCCGACACUCAGACCAGUUCAAGAACACAGCCCAGCUUUGGAACCCACCUCAGGUCCAGAACCCAGCCUGUUCCGGAGAUCCAAACCAGUUCCAGAACCCAGACCAGUUUUGGAAUGCAGCUCAGAUCUGAGACCCAGCCCAGCUCUGGAGCCCAGGACAAUGCAAAAAUGCAGCCUAGCUCUGGAGCCUGGCUCAGUUCCAGAACGCAGACUGGCUCCAAAAUUCAGUUCAGCUCUGAGACCCAGCCCAGUUCUGAAAACCAGACCAGUUUCAACACUGAGCCCCACUCUAGAAUCCACCAUAGUUCCAGAACUCAGCCUUCUUCUGAAACCCAAUCCAGCUCCAGAACCCAGACCAGCUUAAGAAUCCAGCUCAGCUCUAGAAAUGGGCUUUGCCCACAGACCCCUGGCCUUGACCCUAGAACCCAGUCUGAUUCCAUUCCCCCAACUCGACCUCAGCCCCCAGGCCCACCACCCAGAGCCCCUGCUCCAGCCCCUAGCAAAAUCUCUCAGCCUCAGUCCCAGCCCCAUGAUCUGGUACAUGGAACCAAGGCCAGCACUGGCCAGGGCAGAAGCCCACCGCCUUCCCACCCAGCUCCACCAUCACAGACCCCCUUGGCGCCCAAGAAACCAGCCCUUUUCCCCAAACCCCAGCUGGGGCCCCAUAAGUCCACUCCGCCCACCACAUCUGUCAUCCCUGGUUCUGCCUCUAGGGUGGCCCUCCUGCGGUCCCAGCCCCCUGCACCCCCAGGUCAGGAGCAUGCCCCCUCCCCCAUACUUAGGAGGUCAGGAACUGCUCUGCAAGGGUCAGAGCCCCUUCCCCAUAACGGGGAGCAGUAGCUUGGGGGUUACAUAGUUUUGGCCCCUGGUGGACCCCACCCGCUCUCCUUCCUCUCCCAGUUCAGGUCCCCCAGAAGCAACAGGUGACCUCAUUCCCCACAGGUGAAGGGAGGGAGAAUGGAAACUGGCUUCAGUUUCAUUGGGCUUGGCUCUGGGAGGUGUAAGCAGAUCCCAGGCCCGUGGAAGGGAAAGGGAGGGGGCGGGGAAUGGUUUGCUCUUCAUGUACCUCGAGGGCUCAUGGGAAUAAA